GGAGAAAUUCCCGCUGUCAAUCCGCCAUUUAUGUAUCCCGUCACACCAUUUCCAAAAUUCUACAUGUGUUGUGGCAAAAAGUGUAAAUUUUACCCAGAAAUAAGUGAUUUGCGUGUUUGUGCGUGAGUGAAAAAUGUGCUGGCGUGCACGCUGCACACGGUGAACAGCAUCCAGUGGGUGGCAGUGUGGUUUUUUCCAGGGAAAAAACGGAUUGAAAAGUGCCCGCCAGGAAAGAAAGCAAAAUAUCAAUGGUGUGCGACGUGAGUGCGGCUCUCCGCGAUUCACUGUCGAAAGAUCGACAAUUUGCGGAUCGGAAUUUGCAGACGCAACUCUUGAGCACCACCAAGCGAAUCCUCCUCACAAAGAUUGAGUACGAAGACGUGGACUCACACACCAAUUGUGACGCCCUCAAGUCCAAGUACAUCGUCUUCAAGCCGACCUCCGGCGUGCUUUCCGGACAUACCAAAAUGCCUGGCGUGUCGGCCGGCUCUUGCUCGACUACCAAUGGCACCCCAUCGACAUCCGUGAACGGCAGUGGCCGGGAUGCCCAGUUACCUGCCCCAAAACGCGUCCUCUUUGCCCGAGACAGUGUCCAGGUGGGCUGGCGAGCCAGUGGGAGAAAGUGGCAGGUGGGCGCUGGUCUCAUCAAUAUGGGCAACACCUGUUACCUCAAUUCCACCCUCCAAGCUCUCUUCCAUGUCCCAGCUAUUGCCAAUUGGCUGAUGGCCGAUGACAGUCACAGGGAUAAGUGUGAAGAUCUGGGAGGUGGUCAGGGGGGAUGUAUUAUUUGUGCAAUGGCAAGAACUCUUAUAUCAUCCCAAACGAGUCAGUCGCCCAUUAAACCCUGGUUGAUUCACUCAAAGCUGCGUUUGGUGUGUAAGCAUUUUUUUCCUGGGCGUCAGGAGGAUGCCCAUGAAUUUCUGCGGUAUCUGGUUGAGGCGAUGGAAAAGGCAUUUCUGGGGAGGGUGAAGAACAGUCGGGAAUUGGAUCAGUACAGUAAGGAGACGACACCGUUAAAUCAAAUUCUUGGAGGGUAUUUGAGAUCGACUGUGAGAUGUUUGGCCUGUGGGCAUGUUUCCACGACAUUCCAGCACUUUGAGGAUCUUCUGCUGGACAUCCGGAAGGCCAAUACGGUGGAAGAGGCACUUGGGGGGUAUUUUGCCAGGGAAAGGCUCGAGGAUAUGGGGUAUAAGUGUGAGGCGUGCAAGAAGAAAACUUCAGCCACGAAACAAUUUAGUUUGGAAAGGGCUCCAGUGGCCCUGUGCAUUCAGCUCAAGAGAUUCUCCAUGGCCGGAACGAAGUUGAAUAAGCACGUGGCAAUUCGAUCGAGGUUGGAUUUGAGCUCGUAUUCUUCGGGGAAUCGGAACGGAGGGAGUUCAGGGAGUCCUCUGGUUUACAGAUUAGUAGCCAUGGUGACGCAUCUGGGAGCUUCUCAGAAUUGUGGGCACUAUACGGCAAUUGGUCUGACGGAUACUGGGAGCUACUAUCACUUCGAUGAUAGCUCCGUGAGGCCGAUUUCCCUGCAGAAUGUCCUCCAGACAAAUGCCUAUAUCAUUUUCUACGAACUGGAAGAUGGUCAGGCCAAGAGUCAUCAGACAAUUUCGAGCACUGCCACGAGUGUCAGUAGCAGGGAAGGUUCUCGCAAUGGAGACACUCUCAAUGGCACAGUCAAUGGACUAUCUUCGGCCCAGAAGGAACAACAGUCGCCCCAGAGACAAUUUCCCGCAGGAACGGUGAGUAAACUCGAGACAAUGCCCGGAUUUAUUGGUCCCCUGCUGCCGGACCGUGAAAAAACCCCAGAGAAAAAAUUAACCCUCAAUGGGCAGCCACAUCAAAAAAUCACCUUCAGCAUUACCCCUCCAUCCUCAACUCCGCCCCAAAAUGGCCGCCCAACUCCCAGCAAAUUGAUGAGUGUCACAAAGAAAAUCCCCUUCAACGGAGGAACAGGAACUACCCCCAAUGGGGUCCCCAAAAAAUUCACUCCAAUCGUCGUUGUCAAUUCCAAAUCAACUCAAAAUGACUCCGCAAUGACUCCGCCGGCGGCAAAAAAAACCCCGCUGCAAGCUAAACCCCGCAGCCUGGUGCCGUAUGAAUCUGACGAUGAAUCCAAUCCGUCAGAGACCGAGGAGCCAGUCAUUCUCAAAACGAGCGCAGGAGUUUGGGAAGUGACGCCACUGGAGGAGCCUCAGAAGAAUGGCACCUCGUCCAUGGUCAAUGGAUCGCCACCGAAGAAGGCUCAGCAUGAGAAUGGAACUGAGAUUAGAAACACUGCCACAGUGAAUCAAUUGAUAAAGAUGGGAGGGCACAGGGGCUAUGGAAGCUCAGCGGUGUACACGUGGAAUGGGCAGAAGACAACGAUAGACAAAGAGGUUCAGGAGGAGAAGAAGGAGGAACGAAAGCGUGAGCUGGAGCAUCAGGCGAUGAAUGGAGACAUGGACAGGGGCAAGAUGAAGAAGCCCAAGAUGCAUCAUGCGCCAGGGAAGGACAAUCCAGGGUACAAUCCCUUCCAGGAAUACCAGAACCGCAAUUGGUCAUGGAUCCAGAAUGGCCGACAGGGCUACCAAGGACACAUUUACCGCCAAAAGUCCCAUCACUACCAUCCCUACAGGGGCCACGGGGGAGGCUUCAGGGGGCGCCAUCGAGGCGUCUUUCCCAGCAAUUUCCGAUCCCACAAUGGCUACCGGAAAUGAGGCCGCCACAGCUUCAGUGCAUUUGCAUUUGCAGUGAGUGUUGAGUCCUAGAGAGGCUCGUCCUAGACAAGUGAACUAUCCCGAACGUGACUUUUCGAGGGAGGAUUCGCGUGAAACAUUGUUUUUUUUUAAUGAACUAACGAUAAAAAGAGAAAUUUGAAUUGAACACUUGAAUGUGAUGCUUUGUGAAAUGAAGAGAAAAGAUAAAAAGAAAAAGUGAGUGAAAGUGCGAAGGAGGAAAAUCCAUCUUCAUGGAAAAAUGUGUAUAUUCUGAAUAUAUACAGCGUUUUUAGGGUAUUUUUAUAUAACAGAUUAAAAAAAAAGAAAUUAUUGAGAAAAGAGGAUAAAGAGUGAGAGAGAGAAAAAACAAUUUUACUUAGACUGUAAUUUCCAAAAUUUUGUAGACAUUAGAAUUUCACAAGAAAACAAUUUAGCGCUCCAGACAUCUCUGAAAUAUGUGACGCGUGGUUUUUAGGACGAAAAAAAAGGAACAUUUUUUCUGAUGAAGUAAUGUAAAAAAAAUGAUUUUAAAUAAAUGAAAAAAGAAAACACUUAGAAUAAUAAGGAAAAAAAACUUAGAAAAAAAAGAAUUCACAAUUUUUCCCGUUGCAAAUUUAAAAAAGAAAAAAUUUAGGCAAAACUUAAAAAAAAAUUAAUUAAAAUGUGGCACGAAUAAGCCAACGAGGAUAAAAAAAAAAACUUCAGCAAUUGUCAAUGGUAUGCAAGAAACCUAAAUAAAAAAUUAUGCAAAAAAAGAUAUUUAUUAAAAGAAAAUGCAGACUUGAAAAUAAAACUUACACUUUAGUGCAAAAAUAAA